UUUUCAUGAAGAAUAACCCAAGAUUUUUUGUAAUCUACAAAAAAUAAACAGACACAAGAUUUUUGUAAUAAACAUUGUAAUUCUUGAGACCUCGUCCAUUAUCCAUGAAUACAAUGGGUCUCUUCACGCCAUUACUAAUAAUGGUGAUGGUGAUGGUUAUGGUGCCCAUAGCUAGUACAGACCUCGUAUACCAGUUUGCGCUGCGUGGUUAUACCAUCCCACGUGAGAAUGUUACUCACACAUUCAUCGUCAAGUCUGUGUGUACAUGCAAGUACAUAUGUGGCUUGCAUGCAUGUCGUCUCUACACGACCUCUCCACCCACCGCCACGCGUGACAUCACAUGCCAGCUCUGCACCGGCGCACUGCAGCUCUACAAACUACAGCUGGAUUAUAAAGCCAACCCAACUACUGUCAUCAAAUCGGAUUACCAGCUGUUUGGCGCCUUGUUCUUCACAAUUUAGGCGUCUUUGUUGACAGAUUACCAGCUGUUUGGCGCCUUGUUCUACACAA